ACAGCUGGUGUUUCAUAUUGCUGAGAAAAAUGGAAAUUUAAGUUCCUAAUACCUACAGCAUGUACAGCUAUACUGGAAGCUCAUGAUAAGAAAUAGUUUAAAUUUGUGAUUUCUUGGGCUUGUGUAGUUAUUGGAAUGUUUUAGUUUGACAUUACUUUGAUGCAUGCUGUGUAAUUUCACCCAUUUUCUUUCAGGAAGUGCAUUAAUUGGUGUCAUAUACAUGCACUGUUGUGUUGAAAUGCUCGGUUAACAAAAUGACCAGAGUGUAUAUUGACCAACAUGAAGGCGCUUAUCUUAUAGAGAAUAUGAUUUUUGAAAUUCGAAAACUAUAUCAUUAAUCUUCAUUUGUUUUUGGUAGCAGUUCUGGGAAUCUGUUUACAUGAGGAUGUGGUUAUAACUGCCAGAUUGCAGUGACUUUUAUUUGCUCUGUCGUGUGUGAAUGGUAACAUAUCGAUCUCAGGAGAAGAGGUACAGGUGUUAAUUACAAUAUGCUCAAGAUGCAAACAGCUGAUGGAGGGACGAUAAAGUAAUGAUUUGAGAUUUUGAAAUACCAAUGUAUACUCCUUCCAUUUAGAUGGCUGGAGACAUAAAGAGGAGAAACAAUGCUUGAGGAGUCCCUGGGGCUCCACGUCCUCCCUGCUCUCGCAGUCUCGGGGGUGGGGCUGGUGCUGUCUAUAUACCUCCUUCUCCUCUGCAUCUGUGGUAAAAGUAAAGAAAAGGAUGAAGAAAACAAGGAAGAGACCAUACACCUACGAAAUGGGACAGAUUCUCAGGUAAAUAGCGUCGCUUUGAACAUUGAAGACGGUGUGACGGUUCUACAAACUCCGACAACCAAUGGGAACAUCAGAAACAGUGGGGGAAGUCCUAAGGCUGGAUCCUCCCCUCAUCCUCCAGGAGCCAAUCAUAGAGAACUGCCACAGCCCCCAACCUCCAGCAGAAACACCAUCGGAGGAAAGACCAAUCCAUUCCAGGGGGACACGUCAAACAAGAGGAAUACAGUGGGGGACGUCGGAGUGACUGAGGACCAGGAUGACUACGACCACCUGAUGCGCCAGGGCUUCCAGAAAGACAACUUGAGGAGGUCUAAUUACGACCACAUACAACUCGGGCAGGAUGGUCAAUUCCAUGUGCAGGCCAGAAAGACAGAAGCUCCUCGAGAGGAAAUGCCAGAGAAUGACUAUGCUGAAGUGGAGAGGGAAAAUAUUUAUGAAGGUGUGAAGGACAAGCAGCCAGAAACAGAUGCCAAGGCAGAUUUUCCUUCUGUGACAGCCACUAGCAAAAAACCUUAUGAUCCAUAUUCAAGUGUGAAUGAUGAGGAGGAGGAUUCUGUUGUUCCAGAAGUUGAAAAGAAAUCUUUUGAUCCUUAUUCAAAAAUGAAGGACGGCGACUCAAACUCUGGCUCUUUUGACAAGAAGGCAGACGAUGAGAAGCAUGCCAGUGAUAGCACACCAGUGAAAAAGAAAGAAUUUGAUCCAUACGCCAGUGUGAAGGAUGGCGAUUCUAACUCUGGGUCCUUUGGCGCAAAACCUUAUGAUCCUUAUUCCCGAGUGAAGGAUGAUAAAGAUUCAAGUGGAGGAACAUUCAAGGACAUAGAUCCUUACUCUACAGUUAAAGAGGAAAGGACCCCGAGGGGGAAGGGAAAAGAUGACCCUUAUUCUAAAGUUAAGGAAAAUGACAUAUCUGUUGCUGACGACAUUGAAGAUCCAUAUAAUAAGGUUGUAGAUGACCCUUAUAACAAGGUGAAAGGUGAUGACCCAUACAAUAAAAUGAAGGAUGAUGAUCAAUUUAACAAAGUUAAGGAGGAUGACCCCUACAACACUGUCAAAGGUGAUGAUCCCUACAACAAAGUGAAAGAUGAAGAGCCAGAUGAUCCCUACAACAGUGUGGAUGAAGAUGAAGGUACCCCUGAAGGAACCAAAGGUCCACAAUCUUAUCAGUAUUCCACAGUGAACAAGGUUAACCAGGAGCUGAGGGAGGGUGGUUUUAGUGUAGUGGGGGAAUACGCCCAGGUGAUGAAAAACAAAGACAAUGAUGCCAAUGCCAACAGACCCCUUCCCACCCCAAAUAAUAAUACCCCCAAUAGAAGGUCUGACCCAGAUCCCUACCAGCUGCCACCAGAGCCACCCAGGCGGUAUCAGGAAGAUUACAAUGAAGGGGGGAGCCAAUCUGUGGCGUCUCAUUCUACAAAUGGUCACACUACUGUAGUGAUGGUGGGGACCAAUGGCGGUUCUGGAGCCACUGCUGGUACGGUAGCUUCAGCAACAACAAACAACACAGGCAGCACAACAACAGUGACAGAACUUACAAAUCGCAAGGAACCCCCGUACCACAAAUUGACAGCCCGGGAAUCCAUGGCCAGCAUCAAUGCCCGGCGAGCACUCAACACGUAUGAAGAGGUCACUGAUAGAGAGAACAUGUAUGCAACGGUGGAGGGAGGAUCAGGUGAUGGCGUAGUAACAUCCAAGGGUGCAACACAGAACAGCCAGCAUCCAAUCCGACAGGAGUUGUACGAAGAAAUUCCUAAUGGGGAUCAGCUCUCAGCCCCUGCACCUCCUUCUCUGGAUACACUCCACCUUAUGACUGAAGGUAAAUCCCGCCUGUCCGGUGACACAACUGGUAGCAACAGAUCCUCAUACGCAGAGAGCCAGAAAUCACCUGGGGCAACAGCUAGUCCACGCUUCUCUACAGGGUCAGCAGAAGUGGUGUCCACUGGGAUGGUCAACCCAGCCUUUGAUGGUGACCCAGAUUCCAUGGUGGUAUCACUGGACCCAAAUUACACAACAGUAAGAGACUGCAUUCCUGACAGGCAGGGGGAAGGUGAUCCAAAUUAUGAAAGUGUGGAAGAAGUCAAAUCAAAAGUGCAUCAGGUGGAACAGGAAGAACAGAGGAAAGCCAUGAUGGAGCGAAAGAAACGAGUGCAUGUGUACGAGGAGGUGAAAGAGGGGGAGACAAAUCCUGUCAGAGAGCGUGUGCUGGGCAGGCACAUGUAUGAGGACUUGGAUGGUGUCAAGACAGAGAAAGAAGAGCUGGAUAAGAAAGAGGAAGGUCGUAAGGAAUCAGAAGUGUGGAAACGCAGAUCUGACGUGUUAUGUGAAAAGCUGUAACUGCUAAUACAGACCAUCGUCUGUCAGCAGAAGACAUUUUGUUCAGUUGUGAUAUCUUUCAUAUUGAUGUUGUUAUUGUAUGUACUAUGUGCUUCUUGUUAAUUUUGAUUGUAUAUUUAGUUAUAUUGAAUUACUGCAUCAUUUUGAACAGCUGGAACCAAACUCAUUAUAAUCCUCAAAAUACCGUGUAAUUUACAAUUGUUUUAAUGAUGCAUUGUAUCAUUUAUCCUUUAUUUUAAUUCGUGUAUUUCAUGAACUGUUGAAAUUCUCUAAUUUUCAUAUCAAGAAAAAUAGCAAAACUGGUUUUAGAAAGAAGUAGUAUUAGCAUUGCGAUUUCAUUUGUAAAUGAAAACUGAUUCGUAAGGCCUCAUUUCUAAUAUUUUAGAUUUACAAGAAAAUUCCUACCUACAUUUUUACCAGUUUACAGAAAAUAAAAUCAGAAGAUAGCAGUUUCUGUUAUUGAUAGCUAAAUAAAUACUUUUAUAAGAUAUGGAAAAGUACCUAAAUUUAGCAAAACUUGUCAUUUUACCAUUAUUAUUUUUAUACAUUAUUUAUGUAACUACAGGUAUAAAUUAAACUCAAUGCCGAAUGCUUAACCCUUUAUACUGCUAUCUUUUAUUACUUGUGAGAUUUUGAGAGUAGAAAAGAGAAUUCGACAUAUGCAUAUAAUUUUUCCCCAAACAGACCAAAGAUGUAUCUCAUUUUAUACUGGCAGUCUUUUGUUUUGUCCAAUAAUUGUCUUUAUUUUACCUAAAUGUUUUGUCAUUUUUUUAUGACCCAUUUUUAGAUAGAAAAAUGAGAAUGACUGAGUUCAUAAUUUCAUUAGAAUCAAAUUUCUUGUGAGUUCAUGAAGCUGAUGGAUGAAUGUAAUUAAAUUGACAUUGUUGAAAUCCAAGUGCAAAUUUACUGAUUUAAUUAUUUUACACAGAAAAAUUUGUAUUCAGAUGCUACAAAUGAUCGCUUGAUCAGUGUUACUAGGUAACAAAUAUGUUUUUUCAAGUUAUGCCUACAUUUAGUAAUGCUUCAUUCUUAUCAAUACAAUUAUAUUAGAUAGAAAUUAUUUAUUUCUGAUAGACUUCACAUAUCAAAGCUUACACAUCACUGUGUUUAUUGCGAAACAUCAUUUAAUUUAUUUACUAAAUGAACGUAAAAUCCUUUUAACAUUGAAAUAUAUAUCUAUAAGAUUGUUGUAUAUUAAAGCAUCUAAAUGUAUUUAAUACAUGUAUAUGUCUUGGACAUUUAUUAUCCUUAAUUUUUAUUUCGAAGGGGUUGGGGGGUUGGUUGAUAUUUAGAAAAUUUUGAAAAAUUUUGUUUCAUUUCUACACAUACCAUAUAUUUCCUAUUUUUUGCAAGUUUAAGUUUUAAAGUAUGAUGUCAACGGGAGAAUUACUGAUGCUGAACUUUAUUUUUACGUAAAUACCCAGAACUAUGAUGUCAAAGGAGGACCUUUAGUGUUGUGAUGUACGGUGUAACAAACAUUGAAAUAAAAGGCAAAGUGCA